UUACAAAAUCCGCAGACACGGAAGUUCUUAGCGAUUUCAAGGACUGUUGAAUCUCUAUUAUGUGGUUUAUCAAAGGGUUUUUCAAAAGCAAGUAUAUCCUAUAGUCUAGUGGCAAGGGAAAACCAUUGGCCUAAACUAGCAAAAAUGUAUUUCGCAGUCUGGAGUGUACUACUUGGGCUUCUAUUUACGAACGGACAAUGUUGUUACAAUGGCCAACAGAUCUUGUAUACUGCUGUAUCUUCUUUGCAGACUCUUUCCCAUUUUUACUACAAUAACAACGAGAACUGUUGGUUUAAUAUUCAAUCACCAUCAUGGAUGUCUUCAAGCUACUAUUUAGAAAUUCAGUGGAAAGCGUUCGAAACAGAAGGGAACAUGCCAAAUUGUAAUGAUUACGUCGAAACGUCGAAGUGUUUCUUACCAGGUCGAAGAAAAGCAUUGGAAAGUACUGUUCUGGAAACAUAAAAUCAAGUGUGCUGUUUAACAUGUACUCCCAUGAUGGUUAUGCAUUUAUCAACUUUGUAUCAGAUUUUUCAGUGAGAAAAAAAGGUUUUUCCUUAACAUAUCAGCUGAAAUAUUACUCUUAUGCACCUCUUGGAGUCGAAUCAUAUUUAUCAUCAUCAUGUCCCAAAACAAACAGGUCUGCAGCGGGAAACUUCUACUCACUUUGUUGGCCAAUUGUUUAUGGACCAAGAAACAAUUAUAUCCCAUGUGUUUUCAGCUACAAACUUGGCAACAACAAAAUGAAAAUCGCAGUGAUGGAUUUGAAUUUUUACAAACUGCAAUCUUCAUGCUACUACGAAAACAAUUAUCUAGAAAUAAAAGAUUCCUGGAGCUUCUACACUGAUCAGACUUCCAUCAAAUAUUACACCAUUUCCAUCAGUGGAAAACUUUGCUAUUCCGUACAGCCUACAUCUUACACGACAACCAGAUCAAAUGUCUACUUCUACUACGAUUCGGGUCGUUAUGGAAAAACAAUAAUCGAGGUUUUGUUCUUGGUUACAUUGAAUAUGGCAGCGAUAUAAGUUGGUCAAGUUGGUCAACUCCACCGACAACACAGCGAUCAACAACACGUGCAUGGACAAGAUGGAGCCACUGGUCACGCUGGGGCCGUCCAGACAUCAGAUUAGAUUCAGAAAGAAAUCGGUCAACGUAUAUAACCAUUGGUGCAUCGAUUGGCGGGGUUGUGUCUCUUAUUGCAAUUAUUGCAGUAAUCUGUGGUUGUUACAGAGGAUGCUGCAAAACUGCCACAAAUAACAUUGGAACACAAGCUGCCACAGCCCCUAAUUUAAUCAUCUCAAACAACUUGAUUGCUUUCCAAGAGCAAGCUAGUUGUCAAGAUGGUUCUUUGCAGACUCAAGAAUAUCAGCAGUUAUGAAACUAGAUGUUGUCCCAUCAGUUAGUUUCUGCUAAACCGGGUAGCCUACUCUUUUUUACAUUUCGACAAAUGAACCCCCCCCCCCCGCACCUUACUUUGAACGACCCCUCCCUCUUCAUUAGAUGACCGUGAAUACCUUUAAGAAAAGGAGACAAAAGGAAUUCAGCAUUGUUUUGGCAUGACACACAUAUUUCUAGAACCGUUGAAUCUCUUUUUCUCAUGAAAGAUUGUUCUAUAGCAACUCAAACCCUCAUUCAACCCUUUGAA